UCUCUCUCUCUCUCUCCAAACACAACUUUUUUCUAAAUUGCAUCAUUCAUUUCAGAGCCUCUUCUUCUUUUCUUUCACGACUUUCCAACAUAUAUUAAUUCAUUAUCAAUAGAAUUUAACUUUUGCUUUGAUUUUUUAUUUAUUCAAUUUCAAUGGAGGGUCAUCACCUCCAUCAUCAACAUCAUCAUCAUAAUCAACAACAACAACAACAACAACAAAGACAACAUCAACAACAACAACAUAACAUCAUAGGUACUAGUAAUGUUAACAUGGAUAUCACGGAUAGAUUCCCUCAAUGGAGCAUCCAAGAAACAAAGGAGUUUCUUAUGAUCCGUUCAGAACUAGAUCAAACUUUCAUGGAGACAAAGAGGAACAAACUACUUUGGGAAGUGAUUUCUAACAAGAUGAAGGAAAAGGGUUAUCUUAGAAGUCCAGAACAGUGCAAGUGCAAGUGGAAAAACCUUGUUACUCGCUAUAAGGGAUGUGAAACUAUGGAGCUAGAGUCUAGGCAACAAUUUCCAUUUUACAAUGAGCUUCAAGCUAUUUUCACAUCAAGGAUGGAGAGAAUGCUUUGGGCUGAAGCUGAAGGAGGGUCAAAGAAGAAAGGUGUGCAUGUGUCUUCUGAAGAUGAUGAAGAGUUAUUAGGCAAUGAAGAGAGUGAGGGAGAUCAUAAGGGUAACAUUAGGAAAAAGAAGAGAAAAAAGGGUAAAAUGGUAAUUGGUGGAGGAAAUAUUGAUAGUGGUAGCAUUAGCAAUAGUUUGAAAGAGACACUUGAGGAGUUUAUGAGGCAACAAAUGCAAAUGGAAGCUCAAUGGAUGGAAGCAUUUGAGGCAAGAGAGAAUGAGAGGAGGUUGAAGGAAAUGGAGUGGAGACAAACAAUGGAAGCAUUGGAGAAUGAGAGGAUAAUGAUGGAACAAAGAUGGAGAGAAAGGGAAGAACAAAGAAGGGUUAGAGAAGAAGCUAGGGCUGAAAAAAGAGAUGCAUUAAUCACAGCUCUUCUUGACAAGCUCACAAGAGAAGAUAUGUAGAAGAGUUUCUUUUGCUAACUUUUGUAUUGUUUCUUCUUCUCAAGAGACAAGGCUUAGUUUUAGAGGUUUGUUCUAUGAACUCUCAAUUUAAUUUCCUUGGAGAUAGCUUUUUAUACAUCAUCAUCAAUUUAUUGGUUUUAACAUUUUGUUUUAGAUUUCAAAUCUUUGGCGACACCAUUAAAUAGUUAAAAUUUAAAUUAGUCGAGUUUAACA